AUGGCGGAAACAAUGGAGUCCGUUAUAACAAUCCACAAUUUCAGCGCGAAAAUGUCCACAUUUGACCCCAAUCACAUUGAGAACCAUCUCUACGGCCUCGUUGACAUGGGAAGUAACGGCAUCCGCUUCUCGAUAUCUGACCUCUCCCCUCCCCGAAGCCGUCUGCUGCACUGCGUCUAUCGCGAAAGAGCUGGCAUUUCCCUCUAUGAUGCACUGCAUGAAUCCAUGCCAGGCUCGCUGCCCUUCCACUUCUCGAAGCAUACCAUCACACAAGUUGCAGACACGCUGGGGAGAUUCAAGGGCAUAUGUGAUAGCUACGGGGUACACAAAGAUCAUAUUAGUGUCUUUGCCACGGAGGCUAUGCGGACGGCAAACAACAGAGACGAGAUGCUGCGGGCCAUCAAAACAUCAAGCGGGCUGACAGUUGACAUCUUGAAUCCUGGCAUGGAAAGUCUGUUCGGAGCAAUGGGUGCUAGAAGUGGGUUCACACAAGUAAACGGGCUAUUCAUGGACCUUGGAGGCGGCAGCGUACAAAUGACAUACGUCAACUCGGCCGCCGGAGCUGGCUACGAUGUGUUAGCGGCUGAGGCUGCGAGAAGCAUGCCAUUUGGAGCUGCUAAGCUCACGGCUGCUUUAAGCACGCAAGACACCGCUCAAGCUGCCAAGACGGAGCUCAGGAGCAGCAUGAAGGAUACUUUUGAAGGUCUGAAGGACAAAUUUACGCUACUGAAGGAGCAGGAGAAUGACGACGGUGUGACGAUAUACUUCUGUGGUGGAGGCUUCCGUGGAUAUGGAAGCAUGCUCAUGCAUACUGAUCCAAUUCAACCAUAUCCCAUACCAGCAAUAGGCGGCUACGUUGUACCCGGAUACAGGUUCGUCAAGUGGAGGGAGAUGCUACAUGCGAACAAUUAUGAGGAGGGGAAGAUCUAUGGGAUGUCGAAACGAAGGAGGGAACAAUUUCCCGCGAUUGUGACCGUCGUCCAGUCUUUGGUUGAAGCCAUUCCAAAGAUCAAAGAAGUCGUUUUCUGCAGUGGCGGGAAUCGAGAAGGUGUUCUGUUCAUGAAGCUCCCACCAGAAAUCCGAGAGUCAAGUCCACUUCCUCUACUUCCUGCGGGAUCUCCGAACCAGAAGAAGGAAGUCGUCGAUUCCAUUGCCGCGUGUAUCACUUCCGCAUUGCCAAAAGAUUAUCCUGCGAUCUUCUCAGCAGAACUACUCAAUUACGUCGCAAAGAAUAUCUGGCAGAACAUGGGUGAUCCUGAUGAUGCCAACUCAGCCAAAGCUCUUCAUAACCCCAUCUCUGGCCAACUGGCUGGCCUCCCCGGGAUGACACACCAAAUUAGAGGCACUCUGGCUCUGACAAUGUGCGCUCGCUGGGGAAUGGCGCCAGGCCCGGCCGACAAGAAACUGUAUGAGAAUCUCCAAGCUUUGAUAGGACCAGAGAUGUGCUGGUGGUGCGACUACAUUGGCACCGUGGCGGGGCUUCUGGCUACCUUGACCCCUGCCUUCCCUUCAAGCGAGAAUGCUCUAGGCAAAAUGGUGAAGUUUGAGACUUGGACGGGUCAUGGUUUGGGGAAGAAGGGCCAUAAAGUUGGCAUUAGGUUGAAGAUUUUCUUGAGUGAACAUGCGCGCCGUGGUAUUCGUGCUGGUGAUUUAGAAGGAAUGUUUGGGAGAGUGGGCAAAGGAUUGCCUCUGGAGUGGAAGGUUGAGGCUGAGGUUGAGAACUGA